CGCCGCCAAGCCGCUAGAGCCGCUCGGAAAGAGAGACUGACGCCCAUUCUUGUCUUGCAACAACACGACCACACCACCACCCAACUACAUCCACCACUCUGUCCAGGAAACUGCGGUCCUUGACUGAAAAUCAGCCUGCGCGUCGCUCUCUUUCUUCCCCUCCGGAUUUUCUAGCCGAUUUCCCCUCGCCAAAAGUUCUUCAUAGUUAAUUAUGUCUCUAUUCGGAAAACCCGCCGGCACACCGGGGACUCCUGUGGGGAACCUAUUUGGCGGGGCUUCGACGACUCCUACUGCUGUACCUACCGGCGGUCUUUUCGGUUCGACGACUCCAGCAGCUCCUUCUGGCGGUCUUUUCGGUUCGACGACUCCAGCAGCUGCCUCUGGCGGUCUCUUUGGUUCGACGACUCCUUCAACUGCGCCUCCUAGCGGCGGCGGUCUGUUUGGGUCUGCGACUCCGGCAGCUCCUUCCGCUGGCGGCCCUGGCGGAGGACUCUUCGGCUCGACGACACCUGCUACUACAUCGGCACCGUCGGGAGGACUUUUCGGUGCUGGCGCAGCAACGACGACUCCCGCAGCUCCUACGACCGGGGGUCUCUUUGGCUCCACAACGCCCGCUGCUCCAGCUCCUUCUACCACAGGCGGCGGUCUCUUUGGAUCGGCAGCUCCUGUUGCUGCCGCUCCUUCCACAGGGGGCGGCGGUCUCUUUGGGUCGGCGGCUCCUGCUGCUGCUGCUCCAUCGGGUGGACUUUUCAGUCCCUCCCAGGCCACCAACACAGCUAACACCGGAAGGCCGGGACUAUUUGCUGGCGCUGGAACGACGCCUGGUUUGGGCGGCACCCAGCAGCAGCAGCAGCAAAAUAUGGUACCCGCGGCAACGAUCGACGCAAGCAAGCUCACACCCACCACGCGUUUCGGUGAUUGUCACCAGUCGGUGCAACAGGUGCUCGAGCAGGUCGAAGCAGAGAUUGAGAGCCAGAUCAAAAUGUCGAAAGACCUCGCUGAUCGCUUCUCGGCCCACCGCGACGCGCUCGAGACUAUCCCCGUCGAUGCCAAGGUCCUCACCCAUCGCCUCGAGGCCACAAUAUCAUUCCAGACAUCCGAUCAAGCCGCAGCCGAGCAAGUGCGGGCACAGCACGAGGCCGAUAACAACGCCGCACAGCUAUCUAUCCGCACAUUAGACCUUUUCCGCUUGCCGCAUGCCCAGCGCUCACAGUACAUUCAGCGCGCCUCUACAUACUCUGCUCCGCAGCGAGAAAACGAGAUCACCGGCAACAAACCAAUGGUUGCGUACUUCAACAAGCAGGCGGAUGAUAUGGACCACAAGAUGCAAAUGAUCACUAGAAUUGUCAAACAGGUGGAGGAGAGCCUGGGCAGUGUGGAGGCGCAGGCUCUCCAGGGAGCGAUGGGAAUGGGUGUCGAUGGGCGAGACAUCACUGCUGUCACUGGUGGUGUGACUGGUAGGCAAGAUGCAAGGAGGCUACACAGCACUCUCAGGGAAUUCAAUGAUGCUCUGCGUGGUGUCAGUGGUAGAAUAGUCGAUGCUCAGGAGGCACUAGAAGCUCUCAAGGGAAGGCGAUGAAGUUGUUACAUACUGGUAGAGAAAGGGGAUAAUGAUGUUGCCCAUGCUGCAAACUGCGUACCAAAUGAUGGCAGAAGUUGUGCUGCUGCAGUUUCUUCUUUCUCUGAUUCUCUUUUACCGUCUUCAGCGUUCCUGCAUUUUUUGUCUGUUUACAGCUGGGGUUUCGCAUGUUAUUUUUCGUAUAUGGGUUUCUUUGUCUUUAUUUGAAGUUUCCUCAUAAUGUAUGACUAGUCUGGAGAUGUACAGUACAGUAUGCAUGUAUGUACUUGCUCAGGUACGUAGGAUGGUCCGGCAAUGUUGCAUGGAGAUAAUGGCCGACUCACGUCACGGGCUGUCACUUCCCG